AUGGAGCGCAAUAUGGAAUUUUCCAUGGAAGAAGUUAGCUCGAAAUAUCUCAAGUUCAGAAGUGAUCUAAAGUACUACAAAUACAAGUGGGUUUCGCCGCCAAAAACUCCCCUUGGUCCGGAUUACGAUUUCCAAGGCUUCUGCAUGCCCGAAACGCACAAACAAUACGCAAAAAUGAUUCGCGAGUUCAAAAUUCGUCCCGAUGACGUUUUCGUGUGUGGUUAUCCGAAAUCGGGCACAAGUUGGUUGCAAGAAAUGGUUUGGCUUUUGGGCAACGAUUUAAACUACAGAAAAGCAGAGAAAAUUUCGCAAAUGUUUCGUUUCCCAUUGUUGGAACUUGCAUCAAAUUUACCGGUUGAUCAAUCCAUUUCUGUCGUUCUCGAUCAAAUAGACUUGAUUCCGUCGCCGCGUUUCAUCAAAUCGCAUCUACCCGUGGGACAUCUUCCCGAAGAGCUGUGGAGUGUCAAACCGAAAAUCAUUCAAAUCCAGCGGAAUUCAAAAGAUGCUGCUGUUUCGUUGUUACAUCACUAUCGGAGUUUGCACGCUUUUAACGGGACCAAAGACGAAUUUUUCAACUUGUAUCUCGAAGGAAACGUUUAUUACGGGCCUCUCGUGAACUACAUCAACGAAUUCGACAAGCUACGUGAUCAGUCGAACAUUUUGUUCAUCAACUACGAAGACAUGAAACGCGAUCUGAAGAAAGUCAUCAGAAGCACGGCAGAUUUUCUCGGCAAAACGAUCAACGCGGAACAAGUUGACGAGUUGUAUCAGUAUUUGCAACCGGAGUCAAUGCGGAAGAACAAGGCGUGUAAUCAAGAGGAUAUGCUGUUUGUGUGUUCGACUGUUUGUCAUUCGCUUUUGGAUCCGGAUUUUAUUUUCAUACGAAAAGCCACAACGGACACGUACAAAGACGAAAUGUCGCAACAGUUUAUCGAAAAAUUUGAAGAGCAAAUUGAGCGGAAAAUUGAACGACUGAGUGUUAAGGAAGAAAUUAUUGGAAAACGUUUAAAGGACUUCAGCAUAAGUUGUGAAGAACGAUAA